AUGGCGUCAAGAAGUCAAUCUGAGCUCCACCUGAAGAGCUUGACUUUUUGCAUUUUGUGGUGCUUGCUGGUCUCAUCGUCGCCAGCUUUCAGUCUUGAUGCAGGCAGUUGCGAGGAGGAUUUUGCCUUCCUUCAGUUGGUUUCUCGGCCUGCGACUGCUGAUGGGGUUCCCCUUCGCUCCAACGCAGAGGUUUGGGCAACUUAUUCUGGACUGGAUUUCAUGUUGUCCCAAUCAAAGGAUUUUGUGGCUCAUAAAAUCGUUCAAUCGCCACUGAUGAGAGAGCAGACUGUCAACAUCGCCUUCGGAAUCAGCCUUGAGAUUGGGGACUUACUUGCGACGAGCUUACCCAGUAUAAGCUUCGUCUCGCCCGUUUGGACUCAAGCUGGCGUCCAAGUAGGCGUUGAGGUCAAAGGUUUGCUUGCCAAAGCAAGCCUGAAGGUCUCGGCACCGGAAUCCAAGGGUGAGCUUCUCGUGAAAGUGGAUGGAACUUUUCACGGCAACUACAACAUCGCUGUGGUGGACAAGCGCAUCACGGUUGGGGUCGGCAGCCUCGUCACGCCGACGCUGCAUGUUCAGCCCACGCUUGAGUUGUCCUGUGUCAGCCCUGGCUUUUGGAGUUCGGUGCCGUGCGCAGCUAUCAGUGCGCUGAACGGUGAUGUUCCCGGUUGGCUUGUAGACACGAUUCUGUUCUUCACCAGGUCGCAUGUCGAGCAGCUCCUUCAAGACAUCAUUGAGCAGAAGCUGGAUGCCAACUUGCGCACCCUUCCAAACAGAAUGCAGAUUCUGUCAUCCCGCGAGGCCCAAGUGCAAUUGGCGUUCACCCCACUCGGCAUGCUCCAAUCUCUUGAUUUCAAAGCAGCAUCAUAUCACAUACUUGCCGAAAAGGCUCCAGAAGCGCUUCCUGAGGAGAUUUCCGUACCAGGGCUGGCUCUUCAAAAUCAUUCUACCAGGACGAUGUUCGCCAUGGCGCUGAGCAAAAGUGUGCCGAACAGUUUGUUGGUAGUCCUGCAUGAGUCUGGCGCACUCCGCCACACUGUCUUCCCACAGGACCUGCCUAAUAACAGUUUGUUUGGUCUGGAUACAUUGAGCCUGGAACUUGCAUUCUACUGUCCAUGGCUGGCAACUAUGUAUGCCUUGGAAUGUCCGUUUUGGAAGCCUUGUGCAGUAUCGGCGACCAUUCAAACAUCUGGACGGCCAGUUGUCGAAUUGUCCGAUGGCCUCAAUUUGACCAUUCCCCUUUCGGUGGAUUUCCACCUACUGGAUACGGUGUCCGACAAUUCAAGUUUUCUGUGGCGGGUGAACACGACAGCUAGUUCAAUUUUGCAGCCGUUCAUGGUGCACCUGGCCCCCUGCAAUCAACUAUUCAAGGCCAGGAUUGAAGCUCUGCAUGCCAGUUGGUUCGACGUCACCAAAACGAAGGACGAUUCAUGGGUUGCGACAGCUCUCUCCAUCAACCUUUUCUUGCCAAUGCUGCUGAAUGGACCUUUCCUAGACAAGAUUAAUGAGUACCUCGGCGAAGGCAUUCCCCUCAAGCCUGUUAACUUUGGUGGCUCACAUUACGCUCUCUCCAAUUCGUCUGUCGAAGUGUCGUCUGGCAGAAUUGUUUUGUCCAGCAAUGUCUGGCUUGCCGAAAGAUGUCCUUGA